AUGACUGUAGAAAAUAUUACGGAAGAAACUUUUUCAGAAGAAACUUUACAAAAAAAAAGAGGAGCAAAAAGAAAAAGUGAUGAUGAUGGAGAUUUGAAAGCUCGUAAAAAUCGUGAAAUACAAAGAAGAUAUCACUCGAAAAAAAAAGAAUUAUUUAAUUCUUUAAGUAUAAAAAUCAAAGAAUUAGAAGAAACAUUAAAGAAAUCCAAAGAAGAAAAUAAUUUAUUAAUAACGGAAAAUGAAUCAUUAAAAGAAAGAGAAGAAUUUUUAAUUCAGGAAAAUAAGUUAUUUGGAGAAGAUAAUGAUUCGUUAACAACAGAAAAUAAUUUUGAAAUUUCUCCAACUAAUACUUGUAAUCUAAACAAUAAAAAUAAUAAGAUUGACCAUGUGAUAGUGGGAGAUGAAAGAGAAGAAUAUAUUACCAAACUUCAAACAUUUUUCUUUGAAAAAUUGAAUGCUAAAUACAUAAAACUCUAUUCUGAAUUCAUGCAAGAAUUCUUACAUCUUGAAGAAUUUCAAAUUAUUGACGAAAAUAACUUUACAUAUUCUGAUUGGAUUGAUGAUCUUAAUUAUAAAAUUAAAGAAGGAGAAUAUUUUAUUACAAAAUUUCAAAUGUUUUUUUAUGAUCAUUUAGGAGUCGAAUACAUGAAUCUCUUUUCAGAAUUUAUAGAAGAAGAAAAUGAACGUAUUAAAAACGAAUUAAUUUCAUUUUAUCUAAAUGAUAAAAAUGAAAUAUCUAAUUUAGACAUUGAAAAGUUAGAAAGAACAUAUCUCAUUCUUCCAUCCGAUGAUAAAAUUGAUUCAAUUAAUAUUUAA